CUGCCGACGCGGUGUUGAAAAUUUCAAUGCUGCAAGUCGAUUUGUUUUCUUUAUAGCAUUUUGUGAACCAUCGUCUGCGGGUCGUGACUACGAAAGAAAACCCUUAAAAAAUCAACAAUUUUGUGUUAAAUCAGUCCAAAAUAGCGCGGAUUCGGGUGCAACAAGACUUUUUCUAUGUUUGUCUAGAAGUUAACACGAAGUUUCUGCAAGAAUUGUGUUAUAAAAAGUGAAAUAAGUGCUAAUUUGGAUUACAUGCUAUUAUAAUACCUAGGUAUGCUAAUAUUUGGGAUGUUUUUACGCAAUAUGUGGAGAGAGGAAUUGCUGCUUUAAUAAUAUAACUAACUGAGUUGGAAGACUCCAUAUCCUCAUAAUGAGACUGUCUUGCAUAUGUUUGGAACAUAGGCAGGACAGCAGGAAAGACCCGUAGUCACUUGGAGAGAAACCUAAAGGAAACGUAAAAAAAUAAUCCUGCUGUCAAGUAGUAAGAUGGCCACAACGGCUCGCAGGAGAGAUCCAGAAGAUGACAUUGCAGCGAUUGCAAAGCAAAUUUCAGAUCAGGCCGAGGCGAUCUAUCAAAAUUGGAAAUCUAGGGGGCUGGCCCCUGCCGAACUGAUCACGUGCCAUGCAGCAGGAGACACUGCUAAACUAGGCUCGAUGUUGAAGCCUCAAUCGCCGGGCAAGCCGUCGAUCGAGCUGCUCGCCCAGGAUCCCAACAUGGACAAUAACCGCCUCGAGAAGCUCGUCAAAAAUUUCGUGCACGAGGACAAGCAGCGCUUGGCGGCCGCGAGGGGCGGCGCCAAUCCCGCGGUGACGGCGGCGGCGACCGCCCAGAAAGCCAUGCCCUCGAGCAUACAGUUCGCCCUGCAAAAGUUCGAACAGAAUUCGGUCUCGCAGACCGACGGCGCACCCAAGAAACCCGUGCACGCGGUCAUGAAGAAGUCCCCGACCUACGGGGACAAUUAUGCACAUAGCAACGGUGUACAGUCACACCUCCACAACAACCACACGACCACCACAAACAACUCGACGCCGACCGUCCGGGUGAAACCGGUCAUCGGACAAAAACCGCAAAUAUCGCCGAAACCGCGCCUCAUUUCCGACACCAUCGAGAUGACGUUGCCGCCGGACGCGGGCGCCGGACUGCAGACGUGGCCGCUCAAAAACAGGGUGAUCACCACGGACGCCGUCAAAAAGACGGCGGCCGAGGUCAAGCCGGACACCAACGGCGACACCGGACAUCGCGCAGUCAAUAUUCACUACAACACAUUACCGAGCAAACAGAAUAAUACCACCACCAUUGAUGAGGUAAACUUGGAGGAAGAACGCCUGAUAAACGCCCUCAAAAACGGCGUGGUCGUCAACGAAAUGGCGCCCGCGACGGCGAAAUCGAAAGACGCGAUGCCGGACAAAGAGGUGACCACCAAGUGGGGACUGCGUACAACGAGGCGUCCGGAGCAGUCGAGCGUGCCGCAUCCGGAGUUGACGACGACUCAGAAGCAGCACUUGAAGCAAACGAUCGCGAAUCCUGUCCGGCCGUUUUUAACGCGCGGUUCCGUGGCCGAGAGGGUGCUGAUUUUCGAGAGAUGUCCGAGCGAUUUGUUGCUGGAUAAGAGGGUGCGAGCGCCUGUCAGUCAGCUCAUCAAACCUCAGCCUAUAGCUAAACAGCCAAACUUGCAACACACUACCCUACAAAGGCACGUAAAGGCCCACAGAAACGUAAACAUACCAAGGUUCCACUUUCCAUCCGGCAAACCCGGCGCGCCGAAUCAACUGGAGCAGGUUCGGGUGCGCGUGGCGGCCGAGUUCGCCAAAAUCGGCGAAAGGGCUUCCCGAGAGCAUUUCGGUUCUAUAGCGACGGCUUGUCAGAUACCUUUGUACUGGAAAACUCCAUUGUACUUGGCUGCUUGUGCGGAUAAAAGUAGCUGCAGUAUGGAUCAGUAUAUGACGUUUUGGCAAAGUAUGGCUUCCUCAUGCCACGACGGUGCGUCGAGGUUCGUGCAUAUCCUCACCAGGGGGCGUAGGAAUUUUUUGGCCCCUGAAGAUUUUAUACCUUUGGUUCAGGAUGUCGUCGAAACCCAUCCUGGUUUGACUUUCUUGAAGGAAGCUACAGAAUUUCAUUCAAGAUAUGUUCACACUGUGAUUGCUCGAAUUUUUUACUGCGUGAAUCGUUCGUGGUCGGCUAAAAUCAGCAUUCCCGAGUUAAGAAGAUCGAAUUUGCUCAACAUCAUACAACUGCUCGAAGAAGAAGAAGACAUCAACCAGAUAACUCAGUACUUCAGCUACGAGCAUUUCUACGUCAUCUACUGCAAGUUUUGGGAGUUGGAUCGGGAUCACGAUUUGUUCAUAGACAAACAGGAUUUGACCAGGCAUAACGACCAUGCUCUUUCCAGCAGAAUCAUAGACAGGAUAUUCUCGGGCUGCGUGACGAGAGGUUCUAAGCGCCAGCACGAGGAAAAAAUGUCCUACACGGAAUUCGUGUGGUUUCUUUUAAGUGAAGAAGAUAAAUUACACCCCACAGCCAUCGAGUAUUGGUUCAGAUGCAUGGAUUUAGACGGAGACGGUUAUUUGUCUAUGUACGAGCUGGAAUAUUUCUAUGAUGAGCAAAUGAAUAGGAUGGAGGCUAUAGGGAUUGAAACGUUACCUUUCCAAGACUGUCUUUGUCAAAUGCUGGACAUGGUGAAGCCAAAACAAGAAGGAAAAAUCACUCUUAGCGAUCUAAAAAAAUGCAGGAUGACUCCCAUUUUUUACGACACAUUCUUUAAUUUGGAGAAAUAUUUGGACCACGAGCAAAGAGAUCCAUUUGCGGCCCAGCGAGACCAUGAUAUUGACGGUCAGGAGAUGUCUGACUGGGAUAGAUAUGCGGCCGAAGAAUAUGAACUUCUAGUGGCUGAAGAAGGCGGAAACGAUCAACAAGAUAGCAUCUCCUUCGAUGAAGGUAAUGAAGAAGACCUUCUGUCGCAGCGCCUAGAGGGCGCUCUGGACGACGAAGACGAUGCUGCAGAUCUCACCGACGAAAGUGACGAGUGCAGCAUUUAGCGGUAAAAAAAGAAAACAAAAAAAAACAUCACGGAAUCUAGUCUCACAGAGUGCACUCAGAAUUUUAGCGUUUCGGAAUAACGAUUUUAUUUUUACGGCUUAUAUCCAGUGAAUCAGUACUGAUGAAGUGUUCAAUUUAGUUUUUUAAUUCAUUAACAAACCAAAGACUUUGAUACGAAGGAAUUUAGUGGCGAAUCUAGCGAAUAGAUUUUACAUGUGAUCUUAAAGUAUAGGAUGGAGUUUUUUAUUUGUAUCAAAUUUUUGUAUCAGUAGGUAAUCGUUCGCAUAUAUACAUAGAGAUAUUUUUACAUAAUUAUAACAAGAGCUUUAUAGGGAAUUAACGUUAUAUCUCUUUCAUAUUAUGGAAUCCUACUACUAAUUAUAUAAUGUUCGACGUUUUUAUACUAUUUAAUGUAGAUCACGCGCUAUUUCUAAAAAUAUGCAGAACUAAUGGAAAAUAGUAUUAAUUUAGGCAUACCUAACUUGUGUGAUUAUUGAUAUUGAAUAUUUUUAUGCAUUGAUGAUGGAAAGCUGUUAGUAAAUAAUGCGAUUUUGAGUCUAAGAAAUAUGCAACAAUUGAAUGAUGUUUUAUUUGUUUAAGAAUUUAUUUAUAGUUUUUUAAGUAUUUUGACUUAAAAUUGUUGUAUUUUUCGCGUUUUAUAUUGUUAAUAAUUAGGUGGUACCUUCUGUAAGCGUUUACGUAAUUAUUCAAUCAUUAUUGAAUCUCGGUUACAAGGUAUUUCGUAGCAUUGUUUUUUAUUACUUUAUUAAUUAAUAAUCCUAGAGUAAAUAUAUUUAUUUUGAGUUGAGUAUUUUCUACUUUGAUGGCUUAAUGAUGCAUUGUAACUUAUAUUUAAGUGUUUUCUUUUUUUAAUGCAGUGUUUUUUGACACUGUCGGUGCAGCUAUUUGUUGGAAUUGUAUAGUAUAGUUUAUUUAACAAUUUAUUUAACUCUUCUUAUAGCCUAAUAUAUGAAAUAUACUAGUCAUUUUUAUUAUAUUCAUACCCCUAUUUAUCAUUGUGUAACACUGUAUACAAAUUGUUUAUUAUUUAGAUGAUAUAAUAUAUUGGUUUUCUC